GAUAAUUCACAUAUCGCAUAGGAAAUAGCGGUUGAAGGUCUAAUCACAUUACUAUGCAAUUCUUCGUUAUCAUACCGCAUUUUGUUAUUGAGCUAUAUUUCUUAUCAUGUGCAGAGAAAAUGUUGGAAUUUUUCAAUGAUUUUACAAUGAUAAAACUGAAUAUAAUUUUGCGCACGCAAACAUUCUACAACACGUCAUAGGGUGAGGCACGCAACCAUAUAAAUUUCAAAAUGCACCUCAGGACGGUCUAUUCCAUAGUCUAUUCCCUACUGUUAGUGUGCGCUCGUUGUGGUUCAACUAGUUUUCAAAGUCAUGGAUGCGUGUGGUAGAAAAGUACUCGAUGUCGUUGAAGCAAUUAGAAACCUGAAAUGGGUUUUUAUUGACAAUGCGGAUAAGUUUGAGUACGAAGCCGAGCGAGCUGUUAUAAGAACAAGAAGGUACACGGUAGAAGAGUGUAACGAAGAAGCUACCAAAUACCACAAGGGAGCAAGAAUAUGUGAAGACUAUCUCUCUGACGUAAUAUGCAUGUGUUGCUUUUUAAAAAAAAUAAAAAAUCUAGGGCUGACUGAUUUCUUAAAUGACCUAAAAGAUGUUCUACCUACUGAAGAUGAAGGGUUUUCAUUUCAAAACAACAUAUCGUUAAAAUUGGAGGAAUUUAUGAAAAAGAUCAAGGAACUAAAGGAAAAAAUAAAACAAUUUGAAGAUAAACAAAUAAUGUUUAAGUCUUUUAGUAAACUGCACUUAAGGACACCCAUAAGUAAACCGUACACUAUGUAA